GGUCGUCCUCUGUAGCUGUGCGGGAUUUUUGCUCUCGGCCGGUUCGAGCUCGGCGAUGUCGAACAGUUUCUUCAUCUGCUCAUUGGAAAUUGACUUCUUAUAAACUGCGCCGGCAAUGUUUCUUGUCUUCCUGAGGUCUUUUACGAUUGCUCUAGUACUUUAUUUGCCUCAGUAAAAGCGGGGUCAGCGACAGCGCAAAACGGUUUGUUGUGCGGCGGCGAGCGAGGGAAACGAUCAGUCGCGGCUCUUGUGGAUUUUAGUGAUAAACUUUUGUAAUAGUUACCAUCUUUCUUCCUCAAAGACGUGUAAAAAUACUUCAGAGAAACAUUCAGUUCUUCUUUUGACAUUUCUUCUGCCGAUUUUGAAAAUUUGGUGCCACCAGCACUGAAAGCUAUUCUGUAACAUUAACGUAAACAUUGUUGUUGUUAUGUAAUCUCUAUGAAUGGGUAAAAUCUGAAUCUGCUUUUUUGAUCCAUUUUUUUGUCGACGAAACUUGGCUUCCCGCGAAAAAGUUUAUGCCGAGCGACAUUUACCGCAUUCAUUUCCAUAUAAGGUCAACCGCAGGUAUGGUGGCUGGUAACCGAGGUCCAGUGAACCAAUCAGAAAGCUAGAAUUGCACUAUCCGAUGUUGAGAAUUUAAUAAUGUCGAAAUAUACAACAGCUCUUCCGUAUUGAUUAGCUUUAUUUUCUAUGGCAUGGUAUAAAUAAUGAUAUCCAACAGAAUUAAAAAUGGAUAGUGUGUUUAUUUACUUGUUUGCUUUGCUUUUGCUCGGAUCGCGUUUCAAUAUAGAUGCCAUGGCUUAUCGUGGCGACCUGAUCGGCUGUACUAUCAAGUUCGAGAGGAUCACGAACGGUAAAGUGCCUGUGGCGUUCACACUGAAUGGAAGACGAAUCACGGAAGAUGAGAUAUGGAUAGACUACACUCCGGGCGGGAAACUAAUGUACCCUUACAUAGGCAUGGGUCACCAAGGAAUAAGAGUGUUGGCCAAGAUGCGUCCCAGUAGAGAGAUCACGGAUGAACAGCAGAUUUUCCGCCCAAUCACAAAGGAAAAAGGCUCACGUAGCAGCGAUCUUCAACUUGAGCAACUGGUUAUCGCGAUGGCUUUAAAUGACAUAAAGGAGAUGAAGGAAACUGUCGACGCUGACUGCAACACAUUUAAGAAGGAAGUGCAUGAAAUAUGGAUUCAUCUGCAAAACGCUGAAAAAGAAUCAGAGGCACUGGAACGUGAACUAGGUUCCUCUUUCAAGCGACUAAAAAAAAUGUUUUUUGAGGAGAGACCGAAGAAACCGCGCAAUGUCCUGCCACUCGAAGUGCUGCAGGACGAAAGACCAAUGGAAUGUCACUGCGAGACUGCGCAAGAGCUUCACAGCGAAGUUAUAGCGAUGUGGGAGUACCAAGCCGCCGAAAAAGAAGAAAAAGAAAGAAAAAGAGAAGUACCCAUCAUUGUCGAUCUUUUGAGGAUGAUUAGACGGGAACUGGAGGAUCUUGGUAAGAAGACAAAGAAAACCACAGAUGACAUGUUAGAGGAAAUAAAAUACCUUAAGAAUGAAGCACAUCUUCAACAUCUUUCUCUGAAGUCAAAGAACGAGAGCCUUGAUAAAAAAUUCCUUGAGAUAGAAGAGCUGAUUCAGGGAUGCUGCACAAUUAAGAAGAUCCCACUUUCGAUACUUGAGGGUUCCAAGGACUGACUGACUGAUCGGCAACAAUCUGUAUCAGAUCUAGUGAUUUAUUCUCUUUGGGAUGGAUUGAGCGAAGUCGAUAUUUCUUUAUCUAGACGCUUGGAAAUGUCAAUCCUUGCGUUUUCCAUCGAUCAGGGGGAUAUUCCUAAAUCAAAACGUGGCAAAAGGUUGAUUCGUUAGAUACUUAUUUUGCUUUUAUUUUAACCUUUAGAUAAUUAACAGGAGUUUUUAAAAGAUCAGACGGUUUUUAAAAUGUUUGCAACCAAAGGGCGAGAUGUUCCCCUUGAGACGGGCAACUUCUACAACCAAAUUGUCCGUUUCCACACCCUUACUUGUUUUGUAUAUCGAGAUUUGCCGGUGAGGACCUCUCGACACUUAUAGUCCUUCAUUUCGCUAAAGUUACUUUCAACAACGCAGUUGGACGCAGGAUAUGUCGGUAAAGUUAUCAGAGUAGCAAAUACUCUUGGUUAAAACUGGAGGCUCGUCCCUUUGAUAACAAUCUAGGGCUUUUCAAUCUCUCUAACGUUGCAUUAGUGCUCUCUUCUUGUGAUCUUAUUAUCAAAACUGGUCUCUGGCGACCUACAGUCUCUUCCAUAAUAGUUGCACGUAUCGCCACUGACUUAGUAUGAAUCCUCAAAGUUACCAUGCGUCGUCAGUAGUGUAAAACGUAGGGUUUGAACUUGAUUUUUGCAUUGAAUAGCGUUUUUGAUAUUCGCAAAGAGUUUUUCAUAUAUUCUCUAAUGUAAAAUUAAAUCACGCAACGAAAUGUGAAUAACAUGCACUGUUAAACCAGCCAAUUCAAUCACACACGCUGUUUGAAAAGUUUUAGUUUCCCUCGGAAUGCCAGAGGUUCGUUCGCGCUUGCGUAAGUGGGUAUAUGGUCGUUACAAGCCUGCCAAGUUGAUGCGUAAAUUGAUUUGUAAUGAAUGUAUUACACCACAAUUUACAUAUAUACAAUGCGCACCAGGGUGUCGGUUCGUUAUCUCCCUUCGUUUUUUUCCUUGACGAUUUUUAAAGGCUGGUUUUUACUGGCGACAGAGUUGGUGUCGGAGUCGUAGUCGGAGUCCUAAGAGCACUUACCACCUAGUGAAAAUCGCAAAUCUUUUAAAGCCUUAAGCGGAGUCUUAGGCGGAGCCAUAAACUCGACGGAAUCGGAGUCGGAAGAAUCAGAACGUUUCCAUUUCUUUCGAUUCCGUUUACGACUCCGUCGUUUAUGUUCCAGUGGAAACUAGAUUGUCGGAGUCGGAAGCAGAAGUGGAAGAACUAACCAAACACAAGGCCCGAAAUCGAGCAUUAUGAUUGGUUUAUUCUUCAGCCUGCUUCCGACUCCGACAAUCUAGUUUUCACUCGAUCUUAUCGCUCUAAGCUUCGAUUACGACUCCGACUAAGAUUCCGUCGCUAGUGAAAACCAGCCUCAAAAGAAAGGUAAGAUCUGUGAGCGGACCGGUGACAGGAGAAGUAUUAAUUUAGUGUACAAUGCUUAAAAGGAAUCUUGGCUGAAAAGCAGAUUCAGUUCCGAAAGUAUACCGAAAGGUAACCUUUAACUGAUCCUAAGAUUAACUGUUUUAAGGUGAUAUCUCUGUAAGUGGUUGGAAUACGAAGUAUUUCGUUUCCAGUUUAAAUCACCUGGGCGACGUCAUGUUUACUUUAUGAUAAUUUAUGACGUCAUUGCGCUGGCUGUCAGAUCUCAAUAUGGAGUCUAAGAAGAUUUCUCGUUGGAACUGUACAUAUGGAUUAUGAAGUAUAAACAAUUACAAGAACUUUUAAUUCUCUAGAUUCAUGCAAUGCUGUAUUUUAAAAACUUCCAACUGCUUAAUUACAUCAUAAGUUCCCGUCAAGCUUUGCAAAAAUAAACAUGGCGGCGCGAGGGGAACUUGAAAUCAUUAAAUAGCAGAAGCAAAAGUCGUGAAACGCCCAGCAUUCAAAACAGGCUAAGAAUUCAAAUCGCUGAAACAGUUUAACAUAAGCACAAACUUGUGAUUUGGAACAAAACUGCUUCUUAGCUCUAAGAUCCCCUUUAACGUUUCCCUAGCAUGGAAAAGUUGUAGUGAGUAGCAUGGCCAAUCAGAUUACAGUAUUUGCCAGUGGAAACGAAAUACAUAUCAGUAGAAGCACCAUAGUUUCAUGAUGUUCCUUGUUAAAUGUAAAUCCACAGCACGACACAAUUUUAACGCUUGAUUUAAUUAAUCUCGGACGACGGCAAAAUUAUCCUUUCCUGGUUCUUCGAGAAUUUCAAAGUUUUCUUUGUAACAAAACUUUUCGAUGGGGAACUCUCGGUCCACAUACCCUCGACAGGAACACUGUUGAACAGAUACCGCGCGGUCGAGUUUUCUUUUAUUCAAGUGGCGUAGCCCAGUUGAUUAUCGCUCAGAGAAAACGAAGGAGAGUGGUAUCAUUGUUUUCGUGGACACUUAUCGCAACAUUGUCUUGUAAGUUCUUUUUUUAAACGAGUACUUCAUAACAACCCUAGCGGACAAAAUGGCGGAUCCCAAAUAGUCACUUUUCAGCUCCGAGCACGUGGUUUGACGUAAUAUGA